AUGGAUGAUAAAUCCAGUAAACUACUCCUGGUUCCUAUUUUAGCUGUUCUUUUUGUAAUGAUAGGCUAUCAGUAUAUAUGUCCGGCUGGCAGCAACUCUUGCCACUUUAAAACUGAAGAAAAUUUGAAAGGGAUCAGUUUACUUUCCACCCCAUAUCGGACAACAGAUGACUUUUACAGAGAUCAAGACCUGGAGGAAGACAGUCCGCCUAAAUUGCCCUCAAAAUUCAACUUCUCAGAGCGAGACCUUGAGCGGCACGUGGAAUUCAACAUCAAAGGAGAUGAUGUGAUAGUGUUUUUGCACAUUCAGAAAACCGGUGGAACAACGUUCGGAAGGCACUUAGUUAGGAAUAUUCGUUUGGAGCAGCCAUGCGACUGCAAGCCUGGGCAAAAGAAAUGCACAUGCCACCGACCGGGGAAAGAGGAAUCUUGGCUGUUCUCACGGUUCUCUACCGGUUGGAGCUGUGGGUUGCAUGCAGACUGGACAGAACUAACAAACUGUGUACCCGUCAUCAUGGACAAGAAGGAAGCCCAGAAGAACCGAAGGAACUUCUACUACAUCACCAUGCUGCGAGACCCCGUAUCCCGCUACCUGAGCGAGUGGAAGCACGUGCAGAGGGGCGCCACCUGGAAGACCUCCCUGCACAUGUGCGACGGACGCUCGCCCACCCAGGACGAGCUCCCCACGUGCUACAGCGGCGACGACUGGUCGGGCGUCACCCUGACCAGGUUCAUGGACUGCUCCUCCAACCUGGCCAACAACCGUCAGGUGCGCAUGCUGGCCGACCUCAGCCUGGUGGGCUGCUACAACCUGUCCUCCAUGAACGAGAGCGAGCGCAACCAAAUCCUGCUGGGCAGCGCCAUGAACAACCUGAAGAACAUGGCCUUCUACGGCCUGACGGAGUUCCAGCGCAAGACGCAGUACCUGUUUGAGCGGACGUUCAGCCUGCGCUUCAUCGCCGCCUUCACGCAGAUCAACAGCACGCGCGCCGCCAACGUGGACCUGAGCGAAGGCGUGCGCAGACGCAUCGAGGAGCUCAACUACCUGGACAUGCAGCUGUACGAGUACGCCAAGGACCUUUUCCUGCAGCGCUUCCAGUUCACGCGCCAGCGGGAGCACCAGGAGGAGCGCUUGAAGAGGCGCGAGGAGCGGCGCUGGCUCCGGGAGCAGAGGGAGCAGGGCAGGUCCUGGCUCCCCAGGCGCCGGGGAGACGGUGGCCGGGGUGGGAUCGGAGAAGGAGGAGGAGGGGACAGGGAGGGGGGUGGAGGUGGGGGCGGCAAUGAUUUUGCCACCACAACGGAGGACUAUACCAGCCAAGUGGCCCGUUGGUGA